AUGCAUAAAGCUUUAUUACAAAGAAAGACACACAAAACCCAAAACGAGACAAGCAAGCAUCAGAUAAUUUUGAGGAACCCAAGUACCCAACGACCGUAUUUGGCAUCUUGGGCUGAUGCUAUAAAGAGCCACCUAACUUACAUUCAGGGAAAAAAGACAAAGGUGGUAUCGAUCUGCAGUGAGUACAGGAUGCACAACGCUGAGAUCACUCUGCGCUACACGCAACCGCUGAUGACCUCAUUGAUGUCAUUGAGGGUAGUCGGAUCUAUAUGCCCUGUAUCUACGCUGUCAACAAGAUCGAUCAGAUCACACUUAAAGGAGCUUGAGAUUAUGGACAAUCUUCCUCAUUACUGUCCUGUCAGGUAA